AUGAUGCCGAAGAGAAGAAAAAACUCUUCUGAAGAAGAGAAUAACAGUGGUAGAAUAAAUGACAGUACCAAAAGAAUAAAGGUGGAAGAGAAAAAAGAGACGCCCGCAAAGGAGCCCCUACCAGUAAAGGAGUCGCAUUCACCUCAAGUAGAGGAGGAAUUGAAAGAAAAAGAUAACACGGAACCCAAGACACGCAAAGAGGAAAAAAAAGAGGAAGGACCGCCACCACCAGUAUCAACAGCACAACCAACAACAUUGGCAACAACACAAACACCGGAAGUAAAACUGCCUGGACGAAAAACACCCCACGUAGCUCCAGAAGGAGACGCAAGCCAAAAAGGAUUAAACGAUGCACAGACUUUGACACAUCAAAAGCAUGAAAACUCAUCUUCACAAACAGAAACGACGGUCGAACCACCGGAAGAUCCCUCAGAGGAUAUUGUGGCAGAGCCAAAAGUUCAAGCCACAGCCACAGAGAAUGUGACGGAGAAUGCACCUGCCACCAAUCAGGAGGAAACAACAGCAUCAUCAAACUCCACAAGUAGCGGUGGUGAAGCCCGGAGUACGGCGGAUGAGAAUACUGCCAAUGUUCAACGGCCCAACCCGAAUGAAUCACACGAAGAUCUUGAAGGUAGUGAUACCCACCCGGCUCCCACAGACACCGAAGCAGCACCACAAACAGCAAUACCACUCACCACCGCCCGAAUAAAUGGUACGACGACACCUGGCGACAGCGACAGCAGCACCGCGGUCUCCCACACCACCUCCCCUCUUUUGCUUCUUCUUGUUGUUGUGUGUGCGGCUGCUGCUGCGGUGGUGGCCGCGUGA